CAGAGAACCUGAAAGUGACAUUACAGAGGGCUCGUCCAACUUUAUAUACAGGCUAUAGCUAGAGUCUACAAAGGAUAGAAUCUGUGAAAGUACAACGGUUUCCAAGACCUUAGGGACCAGCUGGAAGUAUACAGUGUGUAUCAAUCAAAAUAUGAAUACUUGAAGAAAGAUGGUUCAUCAUACUUGACACAAGAUGUGUGAAUAAUGGAUAAAAAAUUUAAGCCACUAAGACAUUUCUAAGAAUCAGCAGAAUCACUGUAUGUCCAAAGAGCAACUUAAAGUGAGGCACAAAGAGCUUUACCAGAGUCUGGAUUUUCUGAGUCAACUCAGAGUGGGAACAUCAGGCUGAUUAGAGGGUGUGAGGUGUCAUUCAUUGGUUGCACCUACAAAAUGCACUUUUUAUGACUGGACUUCCUACAUAGUCUAGUCUGACUCAUAAAGGGUAUUUCCAUCUCAAAUAACUGAAUUUUUAGAAUAGUUUCUGCUUGACUAUGUCUGAUUUGCCUGAAAUUUUGAUAAGAUAUAAUGUGGAUAUUAAUAAAGAUACUUGUAAUGUUUUACCUUGAUAUGUCAAAUACUUUUGGCAGUCAACCAAUUUUCAGCACGUUUUUGGCCACAUUGACUUUCAUGUUUCGACGACAAUAUCUUGGGAACGACUGAUGAUAAAAUCCUGAAGUUUUCACUGUUAUUUCACAUCAUGCCAUCAAUUCAGAAUCUGCAAACAAGAUAACUAUUCUAAAACUUAAGAUCUUUGUUUUACUUAAAUUAGCCUAUCUAAAAAUAACUUCUUCUCUCAUUUUUUGUGAUCAAGUUUUUCAUAUUAUAAAAAGUAUUCUGUUUUGUUUGGUAUCAUCGUGACAUGCAGCUACAUGCGCUUCAGACAAUAUCAUUAGUUGGCUUUUGCAUUAUUGUUUUUUUUUUUUUGUUAAUGUGAGUUCAGAGUUGGGACUUUUCAUAUUUCUACUCACCCAUAAUCAGAGACUGUUUAAUAAAUUUGUCUGAUAUUACAGAUUCUGAAUCAAUUACAUGAUGACAAACAAGAGAUUAGAUAUUGUUCAAACAUAGCCUCAAAUUGUAAUGUGAGAAAAAACAUGCUAAAAGUGGGUCGAUGUGCAACCGGAAAAAAAAAUUACUGUAUCUAGAAAAGUACUUGAAGUCCAAAUUUCACAGAUACAAUUUUUAAUGUCAUAGUUUAUGAUGAAAACGGUAUCAAGCAAAUCACAGAUGCUUGAACAGGACGCCCUUGAUGAUUUGAGACGGAAUAACUAAUUUUAGGAAAGCUCAAACCAUUCUGCAUGUUCAAAUUGCAGUAAUCCUCCCGCAGACCUUCUUUCAGUGGAGAAAAAAAGCACCAGUUUAGAACCUCUGUGGCAGAGCUGAGAAAUGGCUGUACAGGUCCCACAAAGAUUGGAUAAAUGCUGAGAAGCCAACAGGCACCAAAAUGUUUGGCUGUUUUUUGAGUGUGUGUGACUGUGACAAAGAGGCAUGUGUUUCAAUGACUCCAUCACAGUAAAUUAAGAAUUACAGGAGUCACUGGAAACUCAAAACUGCCAUUACAGGAAUGGUCUUUACAAAUGUAUGCAAACUUUUGUUCACGACUGUAUAUUAUAUUAUUACAUUCCUGUAUUCAGAUUGUAGGGAAAACCUAUAUGAUCAUUCAGGUUGGAAGAUUUAAUGUGCUCUAAUGAUUUGCUCAUGUUUAUAAAACUGUUUCUUUCCCAGUUUGCCUCCAUCUUCCAACUUAACGGCAGCAUGUUUCAGUUGAGUAUUGUCUUCUGGGCUGGCCUCAUGCUGUCCCUCCUUCAGCGUUCCCAUCAGUCAUGCAUAGAAGGGACACCCAGACAGUGUGCAGAUGCAGAAUUUGCUCCAGGUGCCAACUUGGCCGGGGAAGGCUUUGACAUCACCAAAAUGGAGCGUAAAGGCGCCUUUGUGCUCAACAUGAACCAGUGGAAACGCAAAGAUAAAACCUGCACCCUGUGUAGCAACCCCUAUCUGCAGGGCAAAAAGCAAAAGCUGCCACUGUCAGUGGUGGACUGGAGGGCAAAACAGUCCUGCAGUGCAAAAGUGUCCACCAAACUACACAAAUCCAGCGAGUCUCUCGUAACAUCCAGCUCCUCCUCUGUUGAAAACAACUGGCAGGUCAAUCUAGAUGUUGACGUAGGUGAGAAAAGCGCCUCAGUGAUGCUGGCUGGUUCUCAAUCUAAAGUGGCUGAUUACUCCAUGGAGAAAACUAAGAAUGACAAGUUCAGCUUUGCAAGCCACAGCAUGUCCUGUGAGUACUACAGCUACAGAGUGUCCAGCACUCCCAAGCUGCAUAGAGAAUUUAACAGAGCAGUGAAACAGCUUCCCAAAAUCUACAGCGCACAAUACAAACAGCGAUUUUACAAACUGAUCGACAACUUCGGGACCCAUUACAUCACCAAGGUGAAGCUGGGGGGAAGUGUUGAAUCUGUGACCAGCAUCAGGCAGUGUCAGGCCAGUCUGCAGGGCGUCAGUGUGGAAGAAGUGCAGAUGUGUCUGGAAGCUGAGGCGUCUGCAAGCAUCAAAGCUACUAUGAAAGCUGAAACAAAACACUGCAAGAAAGAUUCGAGCAAGAUGGACAAUAGCAAGUCUUUCUCUGACCUCUUCAAUGACAGGUUCACAGAAAUAAAGGGCGGCCAUACCACAGAGCCAGACCUUCUCUUCUCUGCCAACAAGAAUCCGUCGGCCUACAAGGAAUGGUUAGGGUCACUACCACAGAAUCCAGACAUAGUGUCAUAUUCUCUGGACUCGCUUCACGAGUUACUGCCUACUGACACACCUGUCCGCAAAAACCUGCGCUCUGCCAUCAGCCACUACAUCCUGGAGAAAGGCCUGUUGAGGAAUUGCAGUGAGCAUUGUCAGGCUGGUAUUAAGAGCGACUCCAGGGAUCCCUGUGUCUGCCAAUGUCACAAUGACCCCGCUGUGACCCCAGACUGCUGCCCAACCCGUAAGGGCAUGGCUCGGGUCACCAUAACAGUCCAACGGGCCUCCGGUCUGUGGGGCGACCACACCACGGCCACGGACGGAUACGUGAAAGUGUUCUUUGGCGGACGGGAUUAUCGUACGCCUGUCAUCUACAACAACAACAACCCACACUGGGACAUGGUUGUGGACUUGGGAACACAGGAUCUGUCUAUGGCAAAUAAAGUGAGAUUUGAAGUCUGGGAUGAAGACAACAAAUGGGACGACGACUUGUUGGGGGAAUGUGAGCAAGUUCUCACUGCAGGAGUCAAGGAGGAUUUGUGUGUUCUGCAGCACGGCUGGCUGUACUUCAAACGAGAGGUGAAAUGUGCUCCGAGCCUGGGCGGAAACUCGUGCAUGGACUACAAACCUACACCUAUGAGUCAAAGUCUGAAGAAGCUGUAUGUGUCCCGUCAUGCCCAUCCUAUUCCAAAGGCCAUGCUGUUAGAGAUGGGCGUGUUCGUGGACGAAACAAGUUCAUGGAACAACCAGAGUCUGACUGCUGAGAGUCAAAAGUAUGAUGUGAUAUAGCGCUAAAAUCUGGCUUUACUGAAGCUUACAGAGCAACAGCACUCAUUUAAUUACAUUUGUUGAUGAUAAUUUAAUCAAAAGGCUUUAUCAACGAAGAAACAUGUUAUUAAAGCUCUGCUGACUCCAAAAGAUAAGACAAAGACAAAACUGUAACUCAGCUGCAGAAAAUGUUCAAAUUAUGUGACGUUCAGUUUAUGUUUCAGCAUAAUCUCUAUUCAACCACUUCACUUGCAAAUGCAAAUGUACAGUUUCUAUAUGCCGUUUGGCAACUAGUAAUGCAGGACAUCAGAAAACAACUCCAAUCAUUGUUAUAAAUGUAUGAAACAUGCAAAAUACAGCAAUACAUUUCAAUCAUCUGCUACAAAAGAUAGCUUUGCUGUUUUACAAAAACUGUAGUUAUCUUAGAGCCAGUUUUAAAUAAUUAGCUCCUUUUCACGACAGCAAAUGACAUCUAGCAGAUCACCUAAAAAUUGAGCGAAACUUUAACUUUCCCUGUAGCUGUAUUUAUGCCUUAUUACAUUGCAUUGCAGAGUUAAUAUAUAUUGCAUUUAUUUUGUAGCGUUUUUUUUGUGUCUAUAAAACAUUUACAACAUGUAUCAGUGUGUUUUAUGUAUUUUAAUCUCAGUCAUAUUGGUGAUUUUUGUUUUUUACAUGUUUUUUAAACUCCAGAAUAAACACAUAAUAUCUCAA